AUGGUUGGGCAUUCUGAGAUUCUUUUAUCAAAGUGCGCUCAGUUUCGAGAGCAAGGUGAAUUCAUUGACGUGGGUUUAAAAGUCGGAGAAGAGGUAUUCUCAGCUCAUCGCAUUGUUCUCGCUGCCAGCAGCGAUUAUUUUCACGCCAUGUUUGCUCAUGGAAUGAAAGAGUCGAACCAGGAAGUGAUCGAGCUCAAAGAUGAAAGCAUUUCAGCAGCUGCUUUGAAGAUCGUGCUGGAUUCCAUCUACAGCGGAGAUCUUCAAGUCAACGAUGAAAACAUAUUUGAGGUUCUUGUCGCAGCCGAUCACCUCCAGGUUACCAGUGCUGUUCAACAGUGUUGUGAUUACUUGCAAACCCAGUUUGUUGAUCAGCUCCGAUUCGACGUGCAAACAUUUUGUCGCGUCUCAGCGAUUGCUGAUCGACAUGGUCUGAAAGAUACGGAAGCCGAUAAGGGACAAUCCCAAAAUAUUAACGAAAUCCGAAAAAAUGUUUUUAAAAUACGAAAAAAAUAUUUCAAAUCGUAAUGUCUUUUGGAAAUCAUCGUUGAAGAGUUUAUCAAAUCUGAAAAACUAUUACAAAUCCUAAUAAAAUUAUUGAAUCCACAAAUAUUAUUUUGUAAAUCCGAAAUAAGUUUACAAAUCCGAGAAUUGUCGCUAAAUCCUGAAAAAUAUUUUGCAAAUCCAAAAAAUUAUUUUGUCACGUGUUACUUGCGCCAGCAGUCUGCUACCAACAGCGGUUUGCCCCAUCCAAAAUGGCGGAGUUUUGUUCGACUCGUACUCGUCGUGAACCCUGGAGGCAAAUUUUGCUUCAAAUGUGGUUCCAAAGUUGCAGGGAUUUCACAUCCGAGUGCAAGAAUAAGUACAUUCGAAGAUGAGCGUGCUUCGUCCUCUUCAUCUCUUCGUCCUCUUCCCUAGCUUACAAGCCCCCAGGGAGGAGGGGCGGGUGUGGGUUAAUAUAUUUUGUCACGUUUCGCUAAUGACACUGGAGUAUGUUCAUUAUGUAUGAUUCGUGUUAACUGUAGAAGUACUUAAAGCGUGCUUGCAGGUAUGAUUAGGGAACUUAAGAUAGAGACGUGUUCGGGGCGACGGCAACUUCAACCGGAUGUGACAUCAUCAUUUGUUGGAUAUUGCGCAUGCUCGUGCUCACCACCUUGCCGUCGUGGUCCCGUCGGCGACGUGAAACUGGUCUGUUUGGCGUUGUGGCGAAAACGUGAGUAUUAACUUUCAUUUCAAUCAGGUUUGUUGCGUUUAGCAACCAACAUUUUGCAGAUUAUCGUUCUUAAAUUGUCCUUGUUUUCUUUGAGGGACAUUUCAAGCUCGAUUUCCAAGCUCUGUUAUCUAAACUUACAUCUUUGAAUGUUUCUAUGUUUUCAUGUCACAGGGUCAAGAUCCAACUUGGCAAACAGCCAACCGUAAGUGAGCUUGCCAUGGGACAAAAUUUUCCUACGAGCCAAAUGAAAGUAUCCAGACAAAAAAUAUGAACUCCGAUAUUUCAAUUGUGUGUUUUUAGUUCGCUCUUUUCGUUAGAAUAUCGUAUAAAUAAAACGCAUUGAAAAUUAUAUAGAAUAGUAGGUAAUACCAUGUACUAACUCGGCGUGGGAAUACUGAAAUAAAGUUGUUGCAGUUGUUGUUGUUGUUGCAUGCAAGUAUUUCCCGGGAAUUAUUUCAAUACCAAACUAAGAAUACGGUUCCUUAGUAGCAUUUUAAUGUUCCUGUAAUUUGCAAGGCUUCGGCAAGCCUGUGGAGAUCAUUUUUUUUCAACACGAAAUUCUGCCUUGAACUCAGCUGCAUGCCGAAUGUUUUUUAGCGUGAACGGAUCGUAACUGUCCCGAGGAAAAUCGGGAUUUUUGGACUCAAAAUUUUCCCACAAAACGAGAAACUCUUCAUCCGAUACAUGUUGUCUGCAUAGCAAAUAUUUAUUCUCUUAAUUCUUUAUGUGAAGCCAUAUUUUCUUCUUCGGUAUUCUUCUAAUUAAGGGUGCCGUCCUUCUGAGUUCACUGCGAUCUUAAUGUUCUAUUUUUGACGGGAAGCGACGGCUGCCUUAGUUCCAGGCUUUCUCUGCCAGUCCGGUCGCCGUCGCCCCGAAAACGUCUCCAUCUUAAGUUCCCUAUUAAUCCCUAGGGGCUUGUAAGCUAUCAAGAUUUUAUAAGUUAUGCAAGAGCCACACGAAGGCAUCUCUUUCAACUUUGCUUUAUUGUUCAUUCACUGCUGUAAUUUCUUUAUGGUGAUGUGUAAAACGUUCGCUGUAUCAAUAAACGAGAUUCCCGUUCCUGAUACCUUGUUUAGUUGAGAUUAGUUAUAAAAUAUUUAGUCAGAUUUUAUAAUGGUUUUAGGGUGUUUCAAGUAUAAAGAGUUUGUAAUCGUUUACAAUAUAACACAAAGUACGAUGUCAGUUCUUCCAUAAAUGUGGCAGAGAGUUUGAGAGCAAUGGAGUAUUCUGUCGGCAGUGUGGAACAAUAAAGAGACAUCAACAGGAAAGUCUGUGCAGUUCGGCAGAGAAGAGGCUGGUAAUAGAACAUUACUUUGAACUGAGGGGAUUUAGGUACGAUACCAUUGUCCACUCGCUGAGCGAGUACCAUGAGAUCUAUAUGAACGGAGGUACUUUGAAAACUGAACUGGAUCCUGGGUCUUGGAUCGUUAACGUGUUAUUUUUGAAACCGGCUUAGUUGUUUGGUUUGUUAAACUUAGAUCCUCUGCGUUCUUCCGCUUUGGAGGUGAAGUAUUGUGAUAAUGACUUCGAAGAUGACGAGGAAGAAGCACGCUCAUCUUCGAAUGUACUUAUUCUUGCACUCGGAUGUGAAAUCCCUGCAACUUUGGAACCACAUUUGAAGCAAAAUUUGCCUCCAGGGUUCACGAGUGGAACAAAACUCCGCCAUUUUGGAUGGGGCAAACCGCUGUUGGUAGCAGACUGCUGGCGCAAGUAACACGUGACAAAAUAUUUUUUCGGAUUUGCAAAAUAUUUUUCAGGAUUUAGCGACAAUUCUCGGAUUUAUAAACAUGUUUCGGAUUUACAAAAUAAUAUUUGUGGAUUCAAUAAUUUUAUUAGGAUUUGUAAUAGUUUUUCAGAUUUGAUAAACUCUUCAACGAUGAUUUCCAAAAAACAUUACGAUUUGAAAUAUUUUUUCGGAUUUCGUAAAUAUUUUGGGAUUGUCCCUUAUCGGCUUCCGUAGAAAGACCUUCAAGAAGCAACGCAGACAUAGAUGGCCUACAUUUACAAAGAGAUUUGUGAAAGUGAAGAAUUCUUGUCCCAUGUGGAUGCUGAUCAGUACACUCGCCUUCUCAGUCGAGAUGACCUUAGUGCUCCUUCAGAGACAUUCGUCUUCAAAUCCGUGAUGCAGUGGAUCAAACACAAGAAGGAAGAGAGGAUGACAGCCGCGGCUAAAGUUAUCGGAGCGGUUCGUCUGGGGCUGGUUGAUAUCAAGGCUUUGAUUGAAGAACUUAACACAGAGGAGAUGCAAACAGUACCAGAGAUUCAUACGCUUCUGUUUGACUCCGCUAUUUAUCACCACAAUCCUUCAAAUACUUCCAAGUUUGCCACAGAGAAAGCAAAACUCCCGUGAGUAUAGAGUUAUAUUGAUAUCAUCAUGGUCCUCUAAUGGGUCUAGGAGUUUCGUCUGGGAUGUCAUGGAGUCUUUAAUUUCUUUGUUUAAUCUUAGCUUAAGGGUAAAGAUUUUUGAUGCCUAGCCAAGACAGCCGAUAGGAGCAUUUGAUAAAAUAUAUAUUUUUUGUUUUAUUCUUUUGUUUGCUUCUUCAUCGACUUGCCGUAUAGCCUGCGGACAGCAGACGCAUCUCCGGUCGUCGCUUCUCUCCCUCCGAAAAAUAGCUAUUUUUCGAAGGGAGAGAAGCGAUACUUGCCGUUAGGAUCACUCAGUUUGCCGUUUCAUCAUUUUCUACAAGUUAUUAUUGUAUUUAUCCAGGUCUACAACUGGGAAAUCCAGCACCACUCAACGGUUUGUCGCCGGGGACUUGCUGACAUUUUUAAAUAGGAUAUUGCUGGGGAACAUUGUUUGCGGCUUCAGUACAAUUUCUUUCGGGAUCUCUAAAUUUUUUUUUAAAAAAAAAAUGAUUUUCGUAAGCGGCUCCCUUAUCACUUGUCAGAGCGAACCUAAAUUUAAUAAUCAACCAUAAGGGUACUACGAAUAAUAAUAAUUGAAAAUGUUGUAAACCGUCCUUUCAAAAGCUCGUGCAAUUAUUGGCUUAUGCCUCUACAAAGUCCUCACAGUUGACCGGAAAAUCGACUUUAGGGAGAGGCAUUCACGUCCUUUCACGCGCGUAGCUAUUGUUGGUUAGACAAAGACAGUUUCCAAACGGCUUCAACAGUAGAAGUUAAAAUAUCAGCAUACUCUUUCCAAACCCAAAAAAGUAUUUCGUCGGCUCCAGUGGAGGUAUUCCUGAUGUUGGAUAGAGCCUUUAAAACCUGAAAUGUCGACAGCUGCGGUCACGGUUGAAGCGGUUACAGCAACUUACAUCAGUGCAGGUUCAAUACAUCUCUCAUCCUUGCAUAAAUCAAAGAACCUGCUUCUUAAAUCUGCCUUGUCCUUCCGUCGAGGUUUCGCCACCAACCCAUGGAACACCUCUUCCCUCCAGCUAAAGCUUUACGACCUUUGAUGGUACAAUUACUUGUUCUUUGCUUUAGUUGAACGACAUGUUUGGCCGUGUAGAGCUUGGAGUCAGGGUUUGUUUUUAAAAAGAGUAGUAAUGAGAGGUGUCAACCAUACAGGAUAUCUCGAGGAUACUCGGACAGUUUUUAACAAACAGCUGUUGCAGGCCAGAUUGUAAACAAGAUGGAAGCAUUAAAGAUAAAGUUGGUAUGGUCAAGAGGGAAUAGAUUACUCUCUCUUGGUAUAUGCCAAGGUUUCCCAUGGUCCCAGAGGAACACCCCAGCACCCCCAAAAAAAAAAUUAGCUUCCCCUCCAAACCACCUCCGAGGGAAAAUUUACCAAUACCUUUACUUUCCCUCAACUACCGAACACUCAAAUCAUAUUUCAGUGAGUAAUGAACAAUAAAUCAACAAUCAAAUACCGUUACUAGGCGUUAUCGGUCGAAGUACAUCUCUACUACUAUGAUUGAAGCGUGGAAUCUCUGGGCAUUUUACGCUUUAUUUAUUGCUGAUUUUAAUCAGCGUAAUAGUAACCUUAUUGCCAGUGCAGGUUCAGUUAUAGCUGUAAUAUAACGGUGACAUUUUCCAGUGCGAACACCAACUGUCACUCUCAACCAGUUGAACUUCAGUUGAAUCGUCGCUUUUACUUAUCAUUGCAGGUCCUUGUUGCUGUUCUUCCUCAGUUUCAUAUGAUAUAUUUUGAUGUUGAAGAGAAACAGUGGAAGCAACUAUCGUCCUUAGCCCCAGUGACAGAUAUAGUGAAUUGCUACUGUGCAGAGACUGUUGGUAGGCAACUGUUUGUCGCCGGAGAUAUUGAAGGUGUAGGUUAUUCUACUUACUACUAUGACAUAGAAACAAAUAAAUGGCAAAGGCAUGAGGAUGCACUUCCAUGUGGCCAAAUCAGCAGCCUGUGCACUGUAGGCGAUUACAUGUAUGCAGUACCUUCUGACUACAGCAUGAUACCUCAACGGUAUAGCUUUGCGAAACGUCAGUGGCAAAGUUUCGCAAAAUUUUCUCUUAGUUAUCAUUACAGCUAUUAUCACAACAACGGUGCAACGGUACUUCACUCUAAAUUGUAUGUACUCAGUGGACUGAGCAAAGAGGACCCCUUUACGGGGCGUUAUUAUGCACUGCUACAUUGUUUUGAUCCAGUGACUAAUUUGUGGGAGCAAAAAGCUUCAAGCUGUAAUCCUCACUUUGGGUCAACUCUGCUUGUAGUGAAUGGCAGACUCUAUGUAGCAGGGGGUUAUCAAUCCUUUAAGGGUAGGCCCUGUGGUAACCCAGCAGCUGUAGAAGUUUACGAUGAAGAAAACAACAAGUGGUCCGUUGUUGACCAAAAACAUAUUGCAGAAAACAACCUUGGUGCAGUGGAGAUAGAUGGGAGGGUUUAUUUCAUCAUCAAUAAUUUUCCAAUUGACAGUGGCAUUAGAAUCCCACCAGAAGAGGUGUACCCUGUUUAUCUGGGUGACUGGAAAAAUUUAGGAAACGUUUCUAACAAUGCAGCCCUGUGUUACGUACCUUUAAAGAGGGACAGUGUUCAAGCGGACUAGGGAUACUUAGGAAAACUCCCUCAGGUGGCUGAAACUUUGACCGAAAGGCAGCCAGAAAUGGGUUUACGUCUUACAAUACAUCAGAUAACCGAUCCGCUAUACUGAGAUAUUCGAAAACGAAAGUUAGAUAUUAAAGUUUAAGCUGUAUUCUUUACUGUAUUUCCCACUUCGAUUAACUUUUGAAUUGUCAGUGUGGGCAGUAUUCAUGUAUAUUUUUAUAGUAUUUUAUAGUAUUUUUAUAGGAAUGAAUAGUCAGGUAAAUCACUUUUUUUUCGGGUUCUGUUUGCAUUGAUGUUAAGAAAUUUUGUAGCAAGUAUGCAAGGUAUUUUACACCACCUCCAUAUUGGAUUAAUUUUCUAGUACUCACGUAGGAUUUAUUGAAAACACCUGUAUGGUACCGUUACAGUUAAUCAAAUAAAUAUACCAAGCUUCUUAAAGAUGUAAUGUUUUUGUUAUUUCCUUUCAAUAACGAGGAAAGAUGUCUAUUUUGCUAUUAAAUCACCCAUCGAACGCGAGCAAUUCUCGUUUUGCUGCGUUAGUCUAAAAUUGACCGUGAACCUUACUUUUUUGAUAGAUGACUUUCUUGUCAAAUUCUAGACAGAUUGCUGACCGGUAAUAAAACAACUCAAAGUUCGAAAAAAUUCACAUUUUCCUUCCCAGGCGGCAUCACGUCCUGCCAACUUGCGGCUUUCAAACCAGAGCAAAGUGGUCGUUAAUUAAUUUGAUUCACUUACCUGAUGAAUCAAUUUGCUUAACAGACCCACUUCUACAAAAGGGAGGGGAUGUAUAUUGGUCGGCAUCCACUCUUUCUACCGACUACGCAGGUUUUAUGGAAAGAAUAAAGCAUCAAAGCUUCCCUAUACCCCAAAACAAACACAAUGUAAAGCCUCUCUCAGUACUUUGGGUAUGGGAUAUGGCUGUGUGCAUGUGUAAGAUACUAUAACCAUACCCGGAGCGCACCGUGUGUCCCGGUGCUUUUAGUUGGUAACGUUAUUAUAAUUUAUGUUGUUAACAGGCUUCCGUUGUAUUACUUUACUACAUAA